AUGCUUCGAUUCACUAACGUCGAUCAUAAACCAACAAGGCUUCCCCCUGUCUAUGGAUAUCGCACGCAUCCACUACUUCCGCUUCGACAAGCUCUUGAUCCAAUUGUCUCUAAAAUAGAUCAAUUAGAUGAAUUCAUUAAAAUUGCAAAGACUGAAUGCCAUUUUCCUUCAGAACAUGGACUUACUCGUGACGAAUCAGCAGCGAUCUACCUAUAUACUAUGGAUUGGGGUGAACAAAGUCUCUAUCGAGUACUAAACGCAGUGCUUCGUGAGAAAGAUCGAUCAGUAUUAGUACCUUGGCACGGCUAUCUCAAAUUAUUUGAUAGCGCGCUGAAAAAAUUACCUAGUCUUCAAAUCAAUUUAUGGCGUGGUAUCAAUGGUGACAUUAGUAAAAAUUAUAAAGAAGCUGAUGAGUUAACAUGGUGGUGUUUUAGUUCCUGCUCAUCUUCAGUUAAAGUUGUAAAACAGUUUCUUGGAUCCGUAUCAACAUUGCUCAUGAUAGAAGCAAAGAAUGGAAAAGGUAUAUCAGCCUAUAGUAACUUUCCCGAAGAAAAUGAAGUUAUUCUUCCAUUGGGUACUCGGUUUCAUGUUGUUAGUGACGCUCUAGAUCAUGCAUCAUUAAACGUGAUACAUUUGCGCGAAUUGACAGAUGAAAAUGAUCAAGAAUUACCAUCAUCCUUUGCAACUAUGAGUCUCGCCACACCAAUGAAGCCUUCAAUGGGUGAGUAG